GCUGGCCAAUGAGUGCGCUCGGGGAGAGCGCUGAGGCCAAUAUGGCUUCCUACACCUGGUGACGGUUUGAGAAACUAAGUCUCAUGGAGAAGCCACGGGGCGCUGAGGAGACCCCGUCUUCGGAACCAAUGGAGGAAGAAGAGGAAGACGGUGACUUGGAGCUGUUUGGUGGCUAUGACAGUUUCCGGAGUUACAACAGCAGUGUGGGCAGUGAGAGCAGCUCCUACCUGGAGGAGUCGAGUGAGCCAGAGAAUGAAGAUCGAGAAGCCGGGGAGCUGCCCACCUCCCCUCUGCACCUGCUGAGCCCUGGGACUCCUCGCUCCGUGGAUGGCAGUGGUUCUGAGCCAGCUGUCUGUGAGAUGUGUGGUAUCGUGGGCACAAGGGAAGCCUUCUUCUCCAAGACCAAGAGGUUCUGCAGCGUCUCCUGCUCCAGGAGCUAUUCCUCCAACUCCAAGAAAGCCAGCAUCUUGGCUAGAUUACAGGGGAAACCACCGACCAAGAAAGCCAAAGUGCUGCACAAGGCGGCCUGGUCUGCUAAAAUAGGAGCCUUCCUGCACUCCCAGGGCACUGGACAGCUGGCCGAUGGGACGCCCACAGGGCAAGACGCUCUGGUCUUGGGCUUCGACUGGGGCAAGUUCCUGAAGGAUCACAGUUACAAAGCUGCUCCUGUCAGCUGCUUCAAACACGUCCCGCUGUACGACCAGUGGGAGGACGUGAUGAAGGGGAUGAAGGUGGAGGUGCUCAACAGUGACGCCGUGCUCCCCAGCCGGGUGUACUGGAUCGCCUCCGUCAUCCAGGCAGCAGGGUAUCGGGUGCUUCUUCGUUACGAAGGCUUUGAAAAUGACGCCAGCCAUGACUUCUGGUGCAACCUGGGAACAGUGGACGUCCACCCCAUUGGCUGGUGUGCUAUCAACAGCAAGAUCCUGGUGCCCCCCCGGACCAUUCACGCCAAGUUCACUGACUGGAAGGGCUACCUCAUGAAGCGGCUCGUGGGCUCCCGGACGCUUCCCGUGGAUUUCCACAUCAAGAUGGUGGAGAGCAUGAAGUACCCCUUUCGUCAGGGCAUGCGGCUGGAGGUGGUGGACAAGUCCCAGGUGUCACGGACCCGCAUGGCUGUGGUGGACACAGUCAUUGGGGGUCGCCUACGACUCCUCUAUGAGGAUGGUGACAGUGACGAUGACUUCUGGUGCCACAUGUGGAGCCCCUUGAUCCACCCAGUGGGUUGGUCACGGCGCGUUGGCCACGGCAUCAAGAUGUCAGAGCGGCGCAGUGACAUGGCCCAUCAUCCCACCUUCCGGAAAAUCUACUGUGACGCCGUCCCUUACCUGUUCAAGAAGGUCCGAGCUGUCUACACAGAAGGCGGUUGGUUUGAGGAGGGGAUGAAGCUGGAGGCCAUUGACCCGCUGAAUCUGGGCAACAUCUGUGUGGCCACCAUCUGCAAGGUGCUCCUGGACGGCUACCUGAUGAUCUGUGUGGAUGGCGGGCCCUCCACAGAUGGCUCGGACUGGUUCUGUUACCACGCCUCCUCCCAUGCCAUCUUCCCAGCCACCUUUUGCCAAAAAAAUGACAUCGAGCUCACACCCCCAAAAGGAUAUGAGACACAGACUUUCAGCUGGGACACCUACUUGGAGAAAACCAAGUCCAAAGCAGCUCCGUCGAGACUCUUUAACAUGGACUGCCCCAACCAUGGCUUCAAGGUGGGCAUGAAGCUGGAGGCCGUGGACCUGAUGGAGCCCCGGCUUAUCUGUGUGGCCACGGUGACGCGGGUGGUACAUCGGCUGCUCAGCAUCCACUUUGACGGCUGGGACAACGAGUACGACCAGUGGGUGGACUGUGAAUCCCCGGACAUCUACCCCGUGGGCUGGUGUGAGCUCACCGGCUACCAGCUCCAGCCUCCUGUGGCCGCAGAACCAGCCACACCUCUGAAGGCCAAAGAGGCCACGAAGAAGAAAAAGAAGCAGUUUGGGAAGAAACGGAAAAGGAUCCCGCCGACCAAGACCCGGCCCCUCAGGCAGGGGUCCAAGAAGCCGCUGCUGGACGACAACCUGCAGACGGCGGGGGAGAUCUCGUCGGAGCCCGUUCCCGACGAGAUCAUUGCUGUGUGUGUGAAGGACGAGCACCUACACACGGCCUCACCUGGCAAGGCUUCGGGUCCAGAGCUGCCUGUCCCCACAGAGAUCAAGCAGGAGACCCCGGACUGAGCCGGCCUGGGCUGGGCAGAGGGAGCGGCUCCUCUGCUCCCCCAGCCUGCCACGCCUCCUGAGUGGAAACUGAGCCUUUUUGUAUAGAUGCUGCCUGCUGUGAGGCCCGGGUCUCUGACACCUCACGCCUCCGCCCUGGUAGGAAAGAGCUCCAUGACUGGGGCAGGGUGUGAGCAGCCCUGCCCCAGGCAGAGCGCGGAAGCUGCAGUAGUAGCUCCACAGGAAGGCAGGACUGAACUGUGUGUAAAUAAAGGUCACCUGACAGACACAAGUGCUGUGACAGGAGCAGCCCCCACCUGGAAGCCCGCCCGGCCUCUGCUGUGCUCCUGGCUCCCAGGGACCCUGCGGUGGUGGGCAGCUGAGAAGCAGUGACCAGGAUUUGGUGACUUGUGGGGUGGCCUGAGCACUGCCCCCACUUCCGUAAAGGAACAGGGUGGGAUGGGGCAGGGGCCGAGGCCUGGUGCUGCCAGAGGCAGCAGGAUCCGAAGAUGAGCUUGGCCCAUGCGCCAUCCAGCCCCGUCUGAGUCUGACCUGCUCUGGGGCCUGGCCUGGCCCAACAUUUGCAUUCCCCUCCUGCCCAUUAAGCAGGGUCAGGGAUGGCCUUGUCGCUGGGGGUGGUCAGCCCUGAGGGCUGAGGUGCCCCCGCUUUUCCACCAGUGCCAGGGUAGGGUGGGGGGCACACACAGGGUAUGGAUCCUGGCUCACUACCCCUGUGGUCCCAGUCCUUUAACUCCUCCACCUGGUGUCUGCCCAAACUUCAGCCAGCCAUAAAGCUCUCUGAUCAGCCAUGUGUCCUGAGCUCCUCUUCCUGAAACCACGGUCAGGCCAGGCUGCAGUCCUAGCCCUUCUCUUCCACCUAGGUUUUUGGAAGGGGAUGUGUGGCCUGGCUUGGUCCUGUCUCCUGCGGCCCCUCGGGCCUGUGUGCUGCUCUGUCAGCCCAGGCCACCUGCACCUGCCGCUGGCUGGAUGCGCUGUGGUUUGCUCAGGGCUGGGUUUAUUCAUCCCUAGGAUGCGGGUGCAAGUUUCCAGCCAUCCAGGACCUGGGCGAUUCUAAACAAGGUCCAAGAGAACCUGAUCCUCUUCCCUUUGCUAAGGCGGUAGACAGCCUCUGCCCCUGCAGAAGCCAGGCCCAGAAAGUGGCAGCUGGUGCAGCCCAGGUUUCUUCAAAUGUCAACAGGUCUGGAAACUGAAGGGCCUCAGAGGAGUGAGGCAAGGGGCCGUGCCUCCCCUGCCAUCACCCACACGCACAGUGCUGAGACUCGGGGUGCUGGGUCAGUGGCAUCGGCCCUGGGAGGCUGUGGGGAAGACGCUCUGCUGCUCCCAGAGCCCGGCCAGACUUCAUCAUUGCCAAUUCCCUUGCAAUUAGGGGAUCUGAGACAGAGCUUGUGUAGCCUGGACCCUCUGCUGGAGAGUCCCAAGGACCUCCUCCCCCAGGCACUGGGGGAACCACACAUUUAAGGAGCCCUGAGAGGUUCAUUCUGACUUCUCAGGUGAGAAGAGAAAAGGCUCAAUAAAG